GCUCCGCGCGGUGGGCUGGCGCUGCCAUGGCCACGCCGCAGCCGCCGCCGCAGCGGCAACCGUGCCGGCCGAAGCCCCCCGCUUGCCGCACGCUGCUGCAGCCCGAGCCGCCGCUGCGGGUGAAGGUGGUGGGGCUCUUCAAAAGCUCCAGCUUCCAGGUGUCCAAGACCAUCGCCGAGACUCUGAAAAACAAUUACCCAUCCAAAUUUGAAGAUCCUGUGAUAAUUCCUCUUCAAGAAUUUGCUUGGGAUCAGUAUCUACAGGAGAAAAAGCGGGAACUGAAGGGUGAGACCUGGGUCUAUCCCUCCUUCGUGAUGUGUUUCAUUAAUGAUCAACUCCUGGGUAAUGCAGUUGACCUGAAGAAAUGGGCCAAGAAGGUGUGGGAUGUGGUUGAUGUCCGCCCCCCCACGCUGUAUGAGGCUCUUACUUUGGAUUAUUCCACCAAGUUCUUAAAAGACACCAAGCAUGAUUUUGUGUACUUGGACAUUUGUAUUGAUCUUUCUCCCAUUGGAAGACUGAUUUUUGAGCUAUAUUGUGAUACAUGUCCCAAAACAUGUAAAAAUUUUCAGGUCUUGUGCACAGGAGCGGCAGGGUUUUCUGAGAGAGGCAUAAAACUCCAUUACAAAGAUUCAAUUUUUCACCGAGUAGUCCAGAAUGGCUGGAUACAAGGAGGAGAUAUAGUAGAGGGAAAAGGAGAUAACGGGGAGUCUAUUUAUGGACCAACAUUUGAAGAUGAAAACUUUUCAGUCCCUCAUAAUAAAAGAGGCGUUCUUGGAAUGGUGAACAAAGGUCGUCAUACCAACGCAUCACAGUUCUAUGUCACACUACAAGCAGCUCCCUAUCUGGAUAAAAAAUAUGUGGCUUUUGGGCAACUAAUUGAAGGAACCGAAGUUCUCAGACAGCUAGAAUUAGUUCCGACCGAGAACGAAAGGCCCCUGCUCCUGUGCAGCAUUGCAGACAGUGGGAUUAUUUACACCUGAUUCUCACAGCAGUCAGAUGUCCUGUGAUGGCUUAUUACUAUGCAUUUGAUCAGCUGUUUUCUAUAUUUAAUUAAAUGGUGCUUGAUAACAUUUGAUUCGAAGGCCGUGCAGACACAAUUGGUUGGUUCAUCCAACAGUCAUUCCCUUUUUCCUCCACUACAGAGACUAUUAAAAUACUCAAUUUCCCAGGCUCCUUUACAACUGGAAAGGCCAUUUGAGAGCUCUGUGGCUAGUGGGUCACUGGAAUGCCAGUGACCUUGUUCCUGCCCCUUCCCUUCGUCAUGUC